AUGCCGGACAAAUACGUUUUAGUCGAACAUUCCAGUGCAAUCAACACCAUCAUUCACAACACGUUUCAAACAACCCAAAGAAUUAAAUUUACAACGUUCGAUGUUUCGCCUAAAUACAUCGUUUUUGGGGCAAACAGCGGUGGAAUUUACAUCUUCACCCGGGAUCCGUGUCAGUUUCACAAACUAAUUCCCAGUACUCAUGGCGCCACAAACCUCGUCCACAUCUCACCCAACCAAGAAAACCUCGCGAUAGCAGUAUCCACAGGCCUUGUCAUUCUUCUAGAAGACUGCUUUAACCCCAAUUUUGAACAACAAGUUUUCACGGAACAUGAAGGCCACACCGUCACUGCCAUGCGAUGGAACGGAAACGACUUAUAUUGUGGGGACUCAGCGGGUGUAAUUUCUGUAAUCACAUUGAAAAGUUUUUUGACCAAAGCCAUGUUUCAAACACCAGUAGCGGUCCUGAUGCAUUUAGAUUCCCAAAUCGUGCAAUUAGACACUCAUUCGAAAUUUCUCUUAGUGUCGACGCAGACGCGUUCAUUGCUGUGUGACACCGAAAGCGAGAGGUACAGACAAAUUGGGAAAAAAAUGAGAGAUGGGUUGUUGGGGGCUUGUUUUCUCAACUGUGGGGAAUUAUUGGAUGUCAAUAGUACGUCUCGCGUUUGGGGGACGUUCCAGACCGUGAGCGACAACGAACAACUACCCCAUUUUGCCAACAAUACAAACGUGAAAAUUUAUUGCGCACGACCGGGGGCGCGACUAUGGCAGGCGGAUUUUCAAGGAAACGUGGUUGUUACGCAUCAAUUUCGGGCGACUUUGACACAAAAACACAGCGAUAUAAUUAAAUGGGGCGAUGAAGACAAGCUGAAACUUCUAUCAUUUGAGCAAAAAACAAUGGAGGAGGGUUUUAAUUUUGGCAAAAUUUUUUCAGUUCUUGAUCAAUUUAUCCUUUCAUUUAACGACAACGGGAUUUAUAUUUUUGACCCCUGCUCGAGCGGUUUGCUCCACUGGACUACCCACUUACAUAGAAUAAAAGAUAUUAAAAUAGUUAACAACUUUUUGUACGUUUGGCACAAUGAUUUGGAACUCAGUGUGCUAAGUUUGUUCACUAUUGAAGAGUUGGUUUUGAGAAGUUUAAUUAGAAAGAAAUAUACACUGUGUGGAGAGUUGUGUACACAAUUUUUUGACGAAAUUCAAAAUUUGGUUACUAGUUCCCGCAAAAUCCACUUAAUUUCGGCGCUGGAGAGUAAAUUACACAGUUCGGAAAUGUUAGAAAAGUUGGCACCGAUUUUCGCACGUUUGAAAGAGUGCGCAAGAACACUCAGUCUAGACAAGUUUAAAAACGGGAUGGUCACAGUCAACGCGUUACCAAUUUUGCCAGAAUCCGUUCAGAAUUUCGAAACUGAAGAAGAACAAAAACCAGCGCAAGAAUCACUCACUAUAUUAUCUGAACAAUUUAAAAUAAGUCAAAUUGAAAAAAACGUGGAAACGACGGAUUUUCUUCAGUUAUUGGAACGUUUAAACCCCGACAGUUUAUACGAACUUAUUGGAAAGUUCCAAGCGGAAACUAAAGACGAAAAUUGUGACCCCUGGUGUAAAGAAAUAUUUUUAAAUAACAUGAAAAGCGUAAAUUGUUCUCCACAAGUGUUAGACUACGCGUGUCAAGCAUUCCUCCAAAUCAAUCACCAUGAAAAUUUGGUUUGCAAAUGUAACUUUCCUCUACCCGUUGCUCAUCAAACUAUACCCAAGUGUUGCGAAAUGGGGUUAAAAUUAAUGAAAAAAACUCAAUCGUACGACCUUUUUCUUAAACAAGUACCCUACAUGAACACGUUUGUUUUAAAAAACUUGGAACCCGAAACCAUUCCAUCGAAAAUCCCCCUAAUGAUACAAUUCAGCGAUCCAGAAAUCAUCGAAAUCCAUUCUACUAAAAUCACUUACGACGUCUGGGACGAAUCAAUCAAACUCCUGUUAAAACUAAAAACCGGUCAAUGUUUGAACUGCAAUUCAAGCAUCGACACAACCGCAUCUUUUGACUGGACGGAUUUCGGAACUUUAAUGAUCUGCUCAAUCAACUCCACCAAUGCCAUUAAAUUAUUAAAACGUUACUCCAAUUUACUGCCUAAAGGUGAACUCGACCAAUUUUUUUAUCAGUAUUGUAUUUUAUCGGCCGUUGUUGAUACCAGAAUUUUGAACGUGAAACAAUUUUGUUGUGAUCAGGAUGUGACGAGAGAGGUUGAUACGUCCGUGGGUGAGUUUUUACGCAAGAAAUAUCUGCGUGGAAGCGAUUAUUAUGAGCCACCCAGUCAUAAUUCUGUCCAAGUGGGAAACUGUGAUCACUGCCAUUUGCCUUUAAAAAUCCCAGUAUUUGAAGAGGUGCGAAAAUUGACUUGUGGGCAUAAGUACCACAAAGUAUGUUUUUUAUACACGAAGGGACGGUGCGCCCUUUGUGGACCCAUUUCGUAGUAUAUAGUUUAAAUAAAUAAAUUUGAAUGAUAAA